AUGGCAGGAACCAACUGCACCCAAGUGACUGAGUUCAGCUUAAAGGGGUUCACAGAGGACCCGGUGACUCAGGUCACCCUCUUUCUGAUGUUUCUUCUCAUUUAUCUUGCCACCAUCCUGGGGAACCUUGGGAUGAUUGCAUUAAUCAAGAUGAGCCCUCAGCUCCACUCCCCCAUGUAUUAUUUCCUGGGCAACCUGGCUUUUGUAGACCUCUGCUCUUCCACUGUCAUCACCCCCAAGAUGUUGAGUGACUUUAUAGCAGAGAAGAAGGGCGUUGCUUACGCCGGGUGCAUGGCCCAGGUGUUUAUUUUUGAUCUUUUUGGGAUGACCGAAUGCUUCCUGCUGGCUACGAUGGCGUAUGACCGUUACAUGGCCAUUUGCCAUCCCCUGGUGUAUCCCCUUGUCAUGUCCCCAAAAUGCUGUUUCCAGCUGGUGACUGGGUCAUAUCUCCUGGGGCUGACAAACGGCAUGGGACAGACUAUCAGCAUGUCCAAUUUAUCCUUCUGCAGCUCCAGCGUCAUCGACCUGUUCUUCUGUGACAUUUCCCCUCUGAUAUCACUCUCAACCUCCGACACCACCCUCAGUCACGUUAUCCUGAGAACUUCAGCAUCUUUAUUCGGUGUGUCCAGCAGCCUGGUUGUCCUGGUCUCCUAUGCGGCCAUCAUCUCUGCCAUCCUGAGCAUACGUUCAGCCGAGGGUAAGCACAAAGCCUUCUCCACUUGCGCCUCCCACCUCACCACUGUGAGCAUCUUCUACGGGACAUCACUUUUUAUGUACUUAAAGCCCAGCUCAGAGAGCUCAGGAGGAGGAGAUAAAUGGGCUGCGGUCUUCUACACCGUGGUGACUCCCAUGCUGAACCCCUUGAUCUACAGCCUGAGGAAUAAGGAGGUGAAGGAGGCUUUGAGGAGACUCACAAAAAGAAAAUAA